AGGUUUGAGCUCAUUGAUAUGGCGUCAGUGCGUUCUUCGCAACCUCCAUCAUCGCCGGCGUCCGCUUCUAACUCCGAGAUAUCAUCAACACAACCGCCGCCGGCUCCGGCUCCGGCUCCGGCGCUUCCUGCUUCCCUUCAACACCAGGAUGCUGCAAUUGAUAAUGGUAUACGUGACGCCCUAGAAAGAAAGCCUCUUUUGGUGGAUCCAUUUGAAGAUAUGAACAGUGAGGAGUACAUUGAGAGAUUCAGCAAAUACGAGGCUGAUUACACUUGCCGAUUAAUGGCCAAGUACUUCUCUGAUAAGGAUAUAUAUGGAGGAAAUGUAUACGAGGAGAAAAUGACGAUAGAUGGUGAAACUAUAAAAGCAAGCAGGUGGCAUUGUGCUGACUCAUAUGCAGACCCAACACAGUUUCUUCAACAAAGAAGCAACUGCAGUUCGGCUCCUCCUCAAGUGGACAUCUCGAAUGGGAAGCACCCGAUGAAAUCAGAAGGUUAAAAUUCUUAAAAGUUGUACUCUGAACAAAAAUGUCACUUUGCUUUUUAAGCUACUAAUCUCAUGACAAGUUAUAUCCAUAUUGCACUGACUAAUUGAUCCUGCUUUUAUUAGUUUAUCUAGAUGACCAAUGCCAAUGAUCUUGCUCAUUCAUUUUCCCUUAGGUUUGAUUUAUGUU